AUGCGCUUCCGUGAUCAUCUGUCUGAUCUACCAAAGGAAGUCCCCGGGGGGCAGAAAGCUCCCGAGGUCUACGACAAGAGCAGACUUCUCAAGCUCGAGGAAGAUGCGAAGAGGCUGAGGGAGAUGAUUGACAAGAAGGAGGAUGAGAAGCGCCGCAAGCUGAGAGAGUGGGACAGCCUCGAGAGGGAUGCUGGAACCGCUCAACUCAAGGUCGACCUUGCGGAGUCAUCACUCAGGGAGCUCGAAGGAGAGGGAGACAUGUCAAGUGCUUUCUAG